AUGGCUACAAAUGGUGAUCGUAUGAACAUUUUUCAACGAUUCAAGAAUAUGAUAGGUGCGGUGCUCGGAGAAAUAUUUUACAACAAUAUCCUAGAAUCAGAAAUUGAAGUGAGCGUUCCGAGCAAAUGCGUGGCACAGUUCAAAGGCAGCCAGGGAACUCUUGGCUGGAGUGUCCUACACUUUCACAAACUCGAAUCCCUACCUCGACUUUCCCGUCGCUGUUCACAAAACCAUACCAAUAGGAAGGAUGUAACAGGUAUACUCAACUUGAGAGAAAGGUCCGCUACUGGUGUGUUUGGUUCAAUGGCGCAUAAUCCGUACUCAUGCCAGACCAGUAUAAAGAAAACCCUCCUCGAGGUUUUUCAAAGCAUGCCGGAUACGACUUUUAUUUGGAAGUACGAAGAAGAAGAUUCAAAAUUGGUAGCUCACCUCAAAAACGUCCACCUCAGCUCGUGGGUACCUCAAAAAGCUUUACUUGGCAAGUAUUUAAAGUUACCAAUAAACAGGCAUACAGGAGAAAUAACUCUUUCAGCCGAUCCUCGCCUUAGUGUUUUCGUAACUCAUGGCGGACUAGGCAGCACGACGGAACUUGCUCACAUGGGAAAACCAGCCUUGCUAAUCCCUCUCUUUUCUGAUCAAACCCGGAAUGCACAUAUGUUAGUAAGGCAUGGAGGAGGUAUUGUUUUGAACAAGAAUGAUCUGGAGAAUGCAGGAAAAGUAACAGCUUCUCUGAAAAGUAUCCUCAGUGACGCCAGCUACGCACAAAAUGCCAAACGAUUGGCUGCAAUGCUCCUAAACCAACCAAUAAGCGCAAAACAACUUUUCAUCCGACACAGUGAAUUUGCUGGCAGAUUUGGACGCCUACCAAAUCUCGAUCCUUACGGACGACAGCUGUCUUUCUUCCAGUAUUACCUCAUUGAUCUAUUGCUUGUUGUUGUUACAGUCUUCACUGUUAGCAUUUUUGUUGUUGUUCAUGCUUGCAGGAUAUUCUUGCUCUGUCAGGUCUAA